AUGUCAAAGUUCGUAUCUGGCGGAACUAUCGAUGAACCUCUUGAGCGCGACGAAGAAUGGCGCAAGGCGCAUGCUGAAAUCGAAGCUGCGCACCUCCGCAGACUGAAAGAGGGCCAACAAGAAGGUGGAAAGUCGCUAUAUGAGGUUCUCCAAGCGAACAAAGGUGGAAAGUCUUGGCUGAUCUCAGCUGCAAAGCAAGAUGCAUUUGAAGAGUCAAUACGUCUAAAGAACCAGUUCCGAUCACUCGAUGAAGACGAAGUCGAUUUCCUAGAUAAGGUCCUCGAAUCCACACGCGCGAAAGAAGCCGCCGUACGCAAGGAGACCUCCGAACAGUUAGAAUUGUUUCGGCGGCAGCAAGAAGAGAUCGAGAAGAACACCAAUCUGGUUGAAGAAACGGCAGUCCCCCCAUCAUCUGAAGAACACUGGGUAGCAGGAAGGAAAAGGAAGAAGGGCAAAGAGUCGGACGGUCUCAUCAAAGGGCUAAAGCUCCGAAAGACUUCGUCUGCUGAGCAAGAUACCCAUAAUACUAUCAAAAAUCUUACCCCUAACGCGCCUCAAAGGACCCUGGGUAAUGUCCAAAGCAAGGAAAAUGACGUAGCAAGUUCUGGCGCGAAGGUUCUAAGGGACGAAGGGAAUGAUAAGGCACAAGCCAUGUCCAAGUCGCCGACACCAGCACCGCCAAAAGCGAAUGGUUUGGGCUUAGCAGAUUAUUCUUCUGACGAAAAUUGA